AUGGAAUGCUUGCACCGGUUUUGCAGGGAAUGCAUUGACAAGUCAAUGCGACUAGGGAACAAUGAAUGCCCUGCUUGUCGCACACACUGUGCCAGUCGCCGUUCUUUGAGAGAUGAUCCGAACUACGAUGCCCUAAUUGCAGCUUUAUAUCCAGACAUUGAGAAGUAUGAGGAAGAGGAGCUUGAGUUUCGUGAAGAGGACAAGAACCGCAAUAAGCUGAUUCAAGCUUCAAUUGCAAAAGUUGUUCAGCGACAAUCCGAAGCACUGGUUAAGAGACGUAGAGAUACACCAGGAUCAUUUGUGACAAGAUCACUGCGCAAUCAACGAAAUGUUCUUUCUAGGAGACAAAACCAAGUAAUUGAUAAUCAAGGAUCCGAAGAUAAUGAGGAUGAAAAUGACAAUAAUGAAAAGGACUCAUCUUCCACGGAUGAUCGAUGUACUGAAAUUAGGCAGAGAAGGCGAAAGAGGCGGACCAGAGGUCGCCCUUCUCAGCCGUCAUCAUCGACAGCAAGUCCUGACGGUGGAUGCAUAGAAAGUGAUGUGGAUAUAAGAGAGAAUAGGGGAAUUUCUUCUAGACCAUUGUCAAAACCUCAAAAGCUAACUUGGGGAAGGGGUGGUUUCAGGAGUCACACACGGCAUGGCAGCGGUAAUGGUAUCAAUAGCAAAAGUGCUCGCAGUAGCCGCUUGGCUAAGUUAGUUGAUUAUCUCCGUGGCUUGAAUGAAAACACUGAUGAGUUUGAUGUCCAUCUCAUUCUUUUGUCUCUGGACAAACAAAGUACACCAAGCUUGCAGCAGCCACACCUUUGCUGUCGGCCAACUUUGUCUGUAAAGCACCUUUGUGAGUAUGUUGCUCGCCAGACACCUUUGCCCGUUGAAGAAGUUGAGAUAUUGGCAGUUAAGGGAUGCAAUAGUACAGUUUGUGACAAGUCAUUUGAGGAGAUUUCAGCCUUUGAUGAGCUAACUGCGCUGAUUAUAGAUCCUAGCAAAGAUGAACUGGAAAUUUUGCAAGGCCAUGAAUCUUUGGCAGAACUUAAAUCCAAAUGCAUGUCUCAAAGGGAGCAUUUGAUUUUGGCAUACAGGCGGAAGGAGUGA